AUGGACUCUUCACAGCAGCAGCUGGUAGCAGGCCUGCUUACAUCGCUCGUAUCUUCGACUAUCGCGCCAUCCGCCACAACCCCGACCUUCGCCUCCUAUUCGCGCUACGCUCAUUCUGUUCCUCCUUCCUCGACUGCGGUCCCUCCACAUAACCGUAAUGGCGACGGACAAAGCCAUAUGCAUGAGUGGUCGUCACUUAUUGGUAUUACCACGGCAUUAAUCGGUAAUGUCUUCAUCUCAGUGGCGCUCAAUAUCCAGCGCUACGCGCAUCUUCGAAUCGCUCGUGAAUGGGAAGAAGAUAAGAGCAGACACAAGGCGGAAUGGCGGCGCACGCAUUCAGAGUCCUCCUUUGAAAACCGGUAUGGGGCUCUUGGAAACGAUGAUGCGAACGAAUCCCGAGGACACUCGCGGAAGCAAAACCGGCGUAAUGAAAGUCGCGGCUUUUCGCCGUACCGUGAUGAGGACGGCAAUACGAGAGAUAGUAGCAACACCUCUUCGCGAGAUUCUUUCGAGUCCGAUCGGACUGCCCGCCCUGGCGACGGAGAACACCAGCGCAAGUCCUAUCUCAAGUCUCCAUACUGGUGGGUUGGAAUCGUGCUUAUGUGUCUUGGUGAGAUGGGCAACUUCAUGGCCUACGGAUUCGCACCAGCUUCUAUUGUGUCUCCUCUAGGUGUUGUGGCUUUGAUAUCGAACUGCGUUAUCGCCCCAUGUCUUCUGAAAGAGAAGUUCCGAUCGCGGGAUUUCUGGGGCGUUUUGGUCGCUAUCGCAGGUGCUGUGGUUGUCGUGCUCAGUGCCAAGGACUCUGAAGAGAAGUUGGGCCCUGAGGAAAUUUGGAUGAUGAUCACUCGCUGGGAAUUUGAGCUCUAUCUAGGCUUGACCACUGGGCUGAUCAUUGCUCUUAUGUGGGCUAGCUUCCAGUAUGGCUCACGCUCAAUACUCAUUGAUGUCGGGCUGGUGGCACUGUUCGGUGGAUAUACAGCUCUUUCUACAAAGGGUGUUUCUUCACUGCUGUCGUUCACCCUCUGGCACGUCAUCACUUUCCCCAUCACAUAUUUGCUCGUGUUUGUUCUUGUCUUCAGCGCAUUGAUGCAAAUUCGCUACAUCAACCGCGCCCUGCAACGUUUCGACUCGACCCAAGUGAUCCCGACUCAGUUCGUUCUCUUUACCUUGUCCGUCAUCGUUGGAAGUGCUGUCCUCUACCGUGACUUUGAGUCAAUGACGGCCGAGCGUGCAAUGAAGUUCGUGGGAGGAUGUUUUUUGACAUUCCUGGGAGUUUAUUUCAUCACCAGUGGUAGGGCUCGGUCCGAUGACGAAUCUACCUUUUCCACUGAAGACGAAGAAGAAGCCAUUGGCUUGCUGCACGGCGAACGAUACCAUGAUCGAAUUGAUCUCUCCCCUCCUGGCCAUCAUAUUGGAUUGUCAAAAACACUGCAUUCCGCUCCUGGUGUAGAUGUUGACGUCGUGCACUCGCCUUCAGGAUCUCUUGCGAGUCGUGGGAUCGACGGAGUCGAUGAGAACGAGCUCACACCUCGAGGGGUCCUAUCUGCUGUAUCAUCAUCUCCUGCAGGCUCAUUGACCGCCGGGUCGACUUUUUCGGGCCCCGAGCUGGACCACGCAUCUCCUUUGCGCCCACCUUCUCGCAUGUCCAACCCAUGGGCAGACUCGGAUCAACCUCUCGCGACACCCCAAUCCGAUACGGUGCUUUACCGCCCCACUACUCCUUCACCUCGCGCUGGUGAUCCCAUCCAGGAAUCAACAGUCCUUCUUCAGUUCCCUCCGGCACCCGGCGCAGAGCAUUCAACUCCCGAUGGUGUACCAGCAACUAUUCGUCGUGCCUCCACCCCGGCUGCUGGAAACGAACCCCAUGUUCUUCUCGAGACGCCCUCCCGACGCGUUUUGCGCAGCUCCCUCUCUCACCGGUUCUCACCCGGUCCUCUUCUCCCUACUCUUUCGGGUGGUUUCAGUGCCGUAGUUGCCGAAUCCCUUCGCCGUGGCGAAGGCAGUCCUUUGAAAGACCGCAGCAGGCGGAAACUAGGUCGUCGCAGGCAACUUGAUGGCGCAUUUGACCGAGGGACGGGCCGUCACCAAGAUGGCGAUCUUGCACAACCGAGGGCCGAUGUCGAUGGCCUUGAAAACCAGUUGACACUUGCCAAUGCUCGUCUCCAGUCCGCCACAAACCCGGCAGAGCCAUCCGCCAAGGCCGCUCGCUCCACGCCUGCGCUUGCUGUCGAGCUCUACACCACGGAGCCUCACACCACCGAUGAAGAAACAACACGGCUCCGCAGCUUCAGUGACUCGUGGAGCGGUGGCCUCGCAUGGCUGGGCGGUGCAUUGAAAAAGCAAAAUCAGCCCGUCGAUAGCGGUGCGGUGACGCAAGGCACCGUAACUCCGCAGGCCAGCGAGGGACCCUCGGCACAAGGUGAAAACCAACACAAUGCAAACACCGAGAGCGAACCUCGGACAUAA